AUGACCUACCAUUCUUCUUCUCGUUUCUCCCGUGAUGCCGCUUCCCGCCUUGCCCGGCCGCCGCAUAAGUCAGGAGGUCAUGCGACCAGUCCUGAUAAGAACAAGACGAAGCCGGCAAAACCAGAACAGAAAGAGUUGGUAGUGGCGAGCCUCUCCGGAGACGAUACGAGUUGGCUUGACGAAUUUUUCGGCUCUUGGAGGAAGAAUAUCUAUGUCGUUAACAAUGUGUCGGCACCCCUGACUGUACCCGUGAACAAAGGGCGGGAAGCAAUGCCCUUUCUAACAUAUAUCAUCGACCGCUAUGAUUCGCUUCCCAACGUUUCUAUCUUCAUUCACAGCCUACGCUAUCAAUGGCAUAAUGAAGAUCCCAUGUAUGACGGCGUUCCAGUUCUCAAGCGUCUUCGCCUAAAGCAUGUUCAAAAGCGUGGCUUCGUUGCUCUUCGUUGUUCCUGGACCAUGGGCUGCCCUUCCGAACUUCACCCACUCCGCCCAUCCGGCCACUCUGACGACCGAUCGCAGAAUGAAGCUGCCUAUGCCAGUGUCUUUCGUUAUCUAUUCCCUGGAGAGACUGUCCCGGAUGUCGUCGGAGCGCACUGCUCCAGCCAAUUUGCAGUAUCACGUGAACGCGUGCGAGCACGCUCAAAGAAGCAAUACGAAAAGAUCAGGAACUGGCUCCUCGAAACCCAACUCCAAGAUCAGAUCAGCGGCCGAGUCAUUGAGUAUAUGUGGCAUAUUAUCUUCGGUAUGCCGGCUGUUGACUGUCAGGAUGCUGGCGAAUGCUUUUGUGAAACUUUUGGGCUGUGUAAUUUGACGUGCACGGAGCGAGAGUGCGAGAAGAGGUACAAACUACCACAGUUUGCAACUAUUCCGGAGGGCUGGCCGGAGGUCGGGCCGGGAGAGUCCGGGUGGCCAGAGAAGGGAUGGGCGGAUUGA